AUGGCCAAGGAGAACUGCACCACUGUGGCAGAGUUCAUUCUCCUUGGAUUAACAGAUGUCCCUGAAUUGAGAGUCUUCCUCUUCCUGCUGUUUCUUCUCAUCUAUGGAGUCACAGUUUUUAGCAACUUGGGCAUGAUUGCACUGAUUCACGUCAGCUCUCGACUUCACACCCCCAUGUACUUUUUCCUCAGUCACUUGUCCUUUGUGGAUUUCUGUUACUCCACAAUCAUUGUGCCAAAGAUGCUAGCUAAUAUCUUAAAUGAAGACAAAACUAUUUCCUUCCUGGGAUGCACUGUGCAAUUCUACUUGUUUUGCACAUGUCUGGUAAGUGAGGUCAUCCUGCUGGCUGUGAUGGCCUAUGACCGUUUUGUGGCCAUCUCUAACCCACUGCUGUAUAUGGUCAUCAUGUCCCGGAAUCUCUGUGUGGAGCUGGUGUCCUGCUGCUACCUCUCUGGGACUGCGUGUUCUCUGAUUCACUUGUGUUUAGCUGUUGAGAUCCCAUCCUAUAGGUCAAAUGUGAUUAAUCACUUUUUUUGCGAUCUACUCCCUCUCUUAUCUCUUGCUUGUUCUGAUGUCACUAUGAAUGAGCUGUUGCUAUACAUUGUGGCCACUUUCAAUGAAAUCGUCACCAUCAUGAUCAUCCUCACCUCUUACUUGUUUAUUCUCAUCACCAUCCUGAAAAUGCACUCUGCAGAGGGAAGAUGCAAAGCCUUUUCUACGUGUGCCUCCCAUCUCACAGCCAUUGUUGUCUUCCAUGGGACAAUCCUUUUCAUUUAUUGCCAGCCCAGUUCUGGCAACAAUAUGGAUACUGACAGAGUAGCCACGGUGUUCUACACUGUAGUGAUCCCCAUGCUGAAUCCCCUGAUCUACAGCCUGAGGAACAAGGAUGUGAAAGAAGCUCUCAGAAAAGUAGUGGGCUGCAAAGUAUUUUCCUAG